CAGUUUGAGGAAGGACACCGCAGGCGCAAUAACAGGACACCUCGACCUGCUUUUAGAGAAGUUAUUUUACAAGCAGGUCAGUCCACAAGCGUCUGGGCAGUCUUCGUUCUCUUUGUUCACCUCACUUCUCCAGGAGUUUGUUGUUUUUUAGGCGCGCGUCUUGAGGGAGAAAAUAGCGAGCUAACUUACCAGAGGCAAGUGCACAGACGGCGGUGGGACGAUGAGGCUCCUCACCCCUCAGCCCUUGUUUACCUGCUCUCUGGCUCUCGUGCUGGCCGGGUUUGGGCUCUGUCUUCCGGUUCAGCAGUCCGGCCAGCCCCGGCUCGAGCUCCUGGAGCUGAUCGAUCACCACAAAGUCGGAUUUAGCUGGAGAAACCUCACCUGCCCCCUGUGCAAAACUGUUUUCACCAUCCUCGACAUCGUCCUUCUGAGCGAUGCAAAUGAGGAACGAGUGGCGCAUGCACUGGGCGAAGCGUGCGUCCAUCUCCAUUUGGCCGAGGAGCGAGUGUGUCGAGAAAUUACGGAGCUGUUCAGGGCCGACGUCAUCAGGGCCCUGGAGCAGUCCGUGCUGUCGCCCAGUGAGGCGUGCGCGGUACUGGUGGGCUCUUCCUGUGGCAAGUUUGAUUUGUACACACCCUGGAACGUCACCUUGCCCAACGUCCCGAAACCCCCUGUGAAACCACCCUCUCCUCCCAAACCGGGCUCGCCGCAGAGCAGGGUCUUAUUUCUCACCGACAUCCACUGGGACAAGGAGUAUCAGGUCGGCAGCGCUGCCGACUGUAAGGAGCCUCUGUGCUGUCGCAACGAAUCCGGCUCUCCUAUCUGGAGGCGCAGGGAGGCUGGCUACUGGGGAACCUAUAGCAGUUGUGAUCUCCCGCUGUGGACGGUGGAGAACCUGCUGCAAAAUGCAGCCAAAUCUGGCUCGUGGGACUGGGUGUACUGGACUGGGGAUAUACCAGCACACAACGUCUGGUCUCAGACCAGGAAGCAGCAAGUGUCAGAGCUCACGGUCAUCUCCAGACUCAUCCACAAACACCUGGGACCGAAUGUUACGGUUUACCCCGCUAUCGGAAACCACGAGAGCACGCCGGUGAACAGCUUCCCGCCGCCCUUCGUUCACGGCAACAGAUCAGCCUCCUGGCUCUACGACGCCAUGGCAGACGAAUGGGCGCCAUGGUUGCCGAAGCAGGCUUUGAAGACUUUGAGAUACGGGGGUUUCUACACAGCAGAAGUUCAGCCUGGUUUGAGGGUGGUUUCUCUCAACAUGAACUUCUGUGCACGAGAAAACUUCUGGCUUAUGGUGAACUCCACUGACCCGGCAAACCAGCUGCAGUGGCUGGUCCAAAUCCUCCAGGCCAGCGAGGACAAGGGAGAGAAGGUGCACAUCAUUGGCCACAUCCCGCCUGGCCUGUGUCUGGGCAGCUGGAGCUGGAACUACUAUCACAUUGUCAACAGAUAUGAAAGCACAAUUACUGGACAGUUUUUUGGCCACACACAUGUUGAUGAGUUCCAGAUGUUUUACGACGAGGCAACCAUGACGCGACCUGUAGGAGUGGCAUUCAUAGCUCCAAGUGCUACCACCUACGUCAAUCUCAACCCGGGAUACAGAGUUUAUUACGUGGAUGGGAAUUACCAAGACAGCUCUCGACUGGUCCUUGACCACGAAACUUACAUCCUCAACUUGACGGAGGCGAACCACAGUCCCGGGGCGCCGCACACCCCAGACCCGAACCCUCAGUGGAAACUGCUGUACCGGGCCACAGCGGCUUAUGGUCUCCCGACUGUGUUCCCCGCGGACUGUGACGGACUGAUGCAGACCUUCAUCAAAGACGACCGCGCAUUCCAGAAGUUUUGGUAUUUGAAACAUAAAGGCCAUGUGUCGGAGCCCUGCAAGGAGGCCUGCAAAACCAGAGAGCUCUGCUUUCUGCGGAGCGGACGCUAUGAUGAGCUGGAGCAGUGCGACCUCCUCAACGGCUUUGGAGGAAACUUGGCCCGGGCUGCCAGGAAGACUCUCUGUUGACCGGAUAAACCGCAGACUGAUUGGUCAGGAUGGAGGGAGUAUGGAGGCAGUCUGACCAAAUAUAGCUUUGAGCCAAAAAAUGUGAUUUUGUUGCUGGUUCAUCGACAAGGAUGUGUUUAAUUACAGCAAGAUGUAUGAUGUUGGACUAAUUGAACUGAAAGAAUUCCAGUUGAGCCACACUGUCACCGUCCAUGGAUUUGUUCACUGCUGUUUUUGCAAAGCUAAUUGUGUCAAAGACUGCUUUAAGUUGCACUGUCAGGUGGUGAGUUUACUUGAAAUGCAGAGAUUGAGGAAUCCACGUGAAGCCUAUAAAGUUUGUUUUGUCACUUCUACUGAGGUGGGUGCCUUGUUUUCCCCAGGGAAAACUCCGAUCCUUAACGACACUGCACUCUUUAAAGUUCCCUGGAUGCUUCUAAAUUUAGUCUUUUUAUUGUUAUUGAAUGAUCAGCAGCUUCAUGAAGUCCCAAAGCCUUUAUUAGGUUUUCCAACACCUAACGGUGAGAAGUUUACUUUGAAAUAGACAACAUAAAGUUUGCCAAUGUGAUAUUAUUUGCUUAAUUUGCAUCGUUAUGAAGCGCUUCAGUCCAAGUCCAUAAAUCCUCACCUCAUUUUGAAUGCUCUUUGUUUACACCCAUCAGUCUCUAGGUCACUGUUCUACCCUAUCUGCCUCAGCAAGGUUAUCUUGAAAACAACAAAUUCAGUGUUUCUCAUCCUGCCUGCACUUUAGAUCUUUUAUCAGUUCAUUACCUGAACAGACAAGUCUGAUAGAUGCAAAAUGUAACGGAUGCAAGACGGUUCUACAGUUUGGGUCUGUGAUUGUUUAACAUGAGAACAGCAAGUAAUGCAUUUAUAAUGUUAGAAAUAAUUUAAAAUUGUAUAAAAUGUGAAUAAAAGCUUUUG